AUUGUGGUGUAUGCUCCUACUAUAAGAGGCGCCGGACCCCCCAGUCGUAGCGAGUGCCCCGAGCCGCUUCUCCAGCCUGUUUGCUGAGGUACUUCCGUAACAAGUGGCCACCAUGGAGACAUACUCGCUGCUGCGUACGGUGCCGGUUUUCGCAGACGCGCGUCGGCGCGUGAGCAAGUCCUACCACAGCCUGAAACACGUGCACAGCUCGCUGCGACUCAGCCUGCAGCUUGUAGAAGUCUUCUUUCAGCUGGUGCUCCUCUUCUCGUGGCCGCUCAUCAUACUCUGCUACAUCCCCAUAGUCGUCACGGAUCGGGUUCUCCACCACCUCCUGGCCUCUCUAAUCGAAUGGUUUCCUGCUAUUAUGUGGCCCGCAGCUGACGUAUACAAAGCUCUGACAGACUUCGUCCUGUCCUUCACGCUUGGUCGCGUCAUCGUGUUCUUCCUACUUCUCAUCUAUUACAUCGUAACCUUUGUGGUCGAAUGCUUAAAAGUGCCAUUAAACGUCAUUCUGUUUUUCCUUUCGGCGGUUAGUGAAGAGACUGCCAAACCGUUCGAGGGGCUGCGGCACUCGCCUCACGCCCACCAUUCUCACUCCAGCACACACCCCUACGGCGACGUCUACAGCCCGGACAUGCCCUGGCUGUCGACUACACCCACGCCUCCGCCAGUGCCUCCACGCACCGUCGUGCUGCCGGGGGCGCAGCGAGGCCCCGUCCGCGUCGUAGAGGCGGUCGCCAGAGAGGUGUCCAUCCAAGACGUGGGACCUGGUCGUCAGCUGCGAGAGCCUCUGGUGCUGCGUCCUCGCCCAAAGCCAAUGAGGCUGGUGGUCCCCGCGGAGCGGCCGCUGCAGUGCGUCGCUCAGUAGCCUACUGGCGGCUCGCCGCCGGCUCCCAGCUCACAACACAAAUCGUUGGCGGCAGUGUCACCAGCAGAACGAGAAUUGCAGCACUUCACCGACGCACAUAGGCUUACCGAAUCGACGCAUUAUCCGUUCCGCAAGAUGUAGAAACAUUCUUAGUGCACUCCCGAUGAGAGUUGAUGCGACGCUCUUUGCUUAGAGCGUACUGCAGUGGGCAUUACUCCUGGGCUUUGCUUCACCGGAAAGCCUGAUGGAAACUCUCACAGAGGGAUAAGAGGCGUGUCUACAAAAAAGAUAAGGUUCAAAGCCCGCACGUUCUCAUCCCGAGGCUGGAUGUGCGGUACAGGUCUCUCGCGUAGACUGGACCACUUCUAAGUAAGCGAUACUGCCGCGGGAACAGCUCGCAGACUAAGCCGCAAGACCAGGAGUCACUCGACAUUCUUUCAUACAUCAGCAUCUCAUCACCAGUUCUAAACAACAAAGUAGCGUUCGCAGCAGUGAUUGAUAUUUUAAUUUGUGUCGUCAGUUUGCAAUCUAAUGUCCAUAUGUGUAAAUACUUAACAGUAAAUUUAAAGCUGUAUUUGUUCGGUUGCUUAGAUAUAUAAAUGGUAAGCAUGUUUUAUUGUAGAUUCAAAUAAAGGCAUGAUUUUAUUACAUAAAA